AUGUCUGACUAUGGUGAAAACGAUGCCGAACCCUAUGACUAUGAGCCCGGCGAGGAUGUGUUCGAGGAGAUGGAGCCCGAGGACUUGGCCGACCAGGAGGGCCUCGAGGGUGAGGAAGGCGAAGGCGAUAUCUACAACCCUGCCGUCAAUGGCGAGAAUGUCGUCGUUUCGGGCGACCCCAAUGCCGGAUACACUGGGAAGGUGAUGGAACAGUCGCGCGAGAAGAAGGUGCCCAAUGACCAGCGCACAACCACCCCGUACUUGACCAAGUACGAGCGUGCGCGCGUCCUCGGCACCCGUGCCUUACAGAUCAGUAUGAACGCUCCCGUUCUCGUUGAUCUUGAGGGUGAAACCGAUCCCCUCCAGAUUGCGAUGAAGGAGUUGAACCAGAAGAAGAUUCCCCUGAUCGUGCGCCGAUACUUGCCCGAUGGAUGGUACGAGGACUGGACUUGCGAGGAGCUUCUGUAG